GUCGCGUAGCAACAAGGCAAACAAGCARAAGUUACUUUGUGUAUACUAACACAGCAACAAGAACUUUAGUUGAGAGUUUGCAGUUGAAUUUAUACUGUUCUUGUCCCGAUUUACUGACCGAUCUCUACGAAAUUUUACAGACAGAUUCCUAGAUUAUCCCUGCAAUGGCAAGGCUUGUUCAACCUCCUCCGAAAUACGUUCCCGAGGAAUGGCACGCUUCAAAUCACCUUCAAUAUUUUACAGCUGAGAAAGAGCGUGCGGCAGCAGAAAGACUUCGAGAUGAAAGCGAAAGACUUCGCGUAGAGAUCGAAGUUCGUACUGUAGAGACACAACAAGACGUGAACAAGAAGCUAGACCAGAGACUUAAUGAUAUCAACUAUUGGAAAUCAGAAUUAGAUAAUGAACAAGAAGCUACAGAGAAUGAAAUUGCUGCCAUGCUUGAGUUUAAGGCMAGACUCACAAGAGCUCUGGCUGACACAGAACUUCCUCUAAUGAUCGCACAGCAAUGUCUGGUGAACAGGGAAAAGAGGAGAGGAGUUGAUCUCGUUCAUGAUAACGUAGAAAUGCAGCUCUUGAAGGAAGUGGAAGUUAUCGGAGGAGUUCAAGCUUUGCUUCAAAGGACUAUUGAACAAGCAACUGAACAAAUAAGAUUGUUGCGCUCAGCAAAAUAUUACCUGCAGAAGGACAGAAAAGACAAGUUUCACGCCAUUAACAUUGACAAUACUUGUGUAACAUUAAAUAAUGAGUCUCAAGGUCUUGGCUAUGCAAAGGAUCCUGUUAAGAUUGAGAAAAAUUCUGUCACACCUGACGAAUGGGAAGAGUUCUCCAACAAGAAUCUCCUGAAGGCA